UCUUUGACAAAAUGUUCCGUUUCGUAGCUGUAUUCGCCUUUGUAGGCUGUGCCUUCGCUGGUACUCUUCCCGAUGACUUGGAUGGCCGUAUUGUGAAUGGUGUUGAUACCACCAUACAAGCCCAUCCCUAUCAGGUUUCGUUGCAAACCAACUCCGGCAGCCAUUUCUGUGGUGGUUCCAUUGUCAGUGAAGACAUUGUUGUAACUGCUGCCCACUGCAUGCAAUCCUAUUCCGCUUCCCAAUUCAAGGUACGUCUUGGUUCUACUGAAUACAAUACUGGCGGUGAAGUGGUGGCUGUUAAGGCCUUCAGAUUCCAUGAAGGUUACAAUUCCAAGACCAUGGUUAAUGAUAUUGCUGUUAUUAAAUUGGCUUCAGCCGUACGUGAAAGCUCCAAAAUCCGUUAUAUUAAAUUAGCUGAAAAGACUCCAGCUACUGGUACUCCUGCUGUGGUUACUGGCUGGGGCACCAAGUGCUACUUGACCUGUGUUAGUUUGCCCAAGACUCUGCAAGCCGUCGAAGUUGAUAUUGUUGAUGAGAAGCAGUGUGCUUCCAGUGAGUACAAGUACGGCAGCCAAAUCAAGGAAACCAUGGUGUGUGCUUAUGCUGUCAACAAAGAUGCUUGCCAAGGUGAUUCUGGUGGUCCAUUGGUGGCCAAUAAUGAAUUGGUGGGUGUUGUUUCCUGGGGAGCUGGCUGUGCUCGUGCUGGUUAUCCUGGUGUAUACAGUGAUGUUCCUUCCCAACGUAGCUGGGUCGAAAAGACUGCCAAGGAAUUGUAAAGUUCUUUAUUUUCUGAACUAAUAAAUGAAAAUUAAUUUUUUUAUAGUUGAAAA